AUGACUUACGGGAAUUCAGCCACGAUUUACUGCAAAAUUCGAGGUUAUGUCAAAUCCUCCGAAUAUAUUCUUUUCCACCAGAAUCCCUUUCCUAACAUUGGCUUCUCUACCUUUUACGGUUUCGGCUUUACUUCUACUGGUUGUUACUGCUAUAGCGAGCCAGUAUCAGAUGCAAUUGAGCCCAACAAGGAACAGGUGGCUACAAACUAUGAUAUGUCCUGUGAUUUUGCAGACCAGGUUAGUAAAACCUUCGUAUAUGGAGACAGCCAGCAGACGUUAACGUUUCUCGAGAAUGGUUCCCAGCCUGUCAAGCGGGAAGUACAGGAGCGUGCUGCCAAGACUACACCAGUGCCAAGCUUCUUGCCCAACAAAACGCCCAGUGUCGUCAGCAGUGCCUGUUCUUGCUUAAUCACCAAACCUGCUGCUCGCCAGACCUUCAGCGUUUUUGCCAACCCCACGACUAUCCAAGCUACAAUGACGACAACCAAGGUGGUAACGAUCAACAAGAAGAAGACUACUCUCUCUACGACACGUCAGACUGUUACCUCAACAGUUUUGACCACUUUGAUAGCGACAGGAACUCAAAGUGUAACCAGAACUCAGCAUACAACCAGUACUAUUACCAAGCCGGUUACUGUCUUUAUCACAAACUUUAAUACAGUUACUGUAGUACAGACUGUUACUUCUUCUACAGUUAAGACUGAUACUAUCCCUGUUACCAAGGUUAAUACCAUCCCUUGGACUCGCCUUAGCACUGUCCUUGUUACCAAGGGGCUCACCACUACGGUCGUGCGAACUGCUCCGACUCCGCAAACCGUCACGUCUACUGUUACGCAGGAAGGGUCUAUCAGUACUUAUGUCCCCGAAAUCACAAUUUGGGGUACUGACGAGCCCGAUUCCACGACCGAAGAUGCUACGAGUACACGUCCGAUUAUACCAUCUCCAAAUUCAUCUUUCAGUAUGACUGCGGAAACACCUGUUACACCUUCAAAGUCCGGUACGUCUAUGGUCGCAGCUGCCACCACUUCAAGCUCGAGUACGUCCACGACUACUCCUGGCUGGCAGCUGUUAGACAAUAACGCUGCGGCUAUCAGUAUUGUUGCUGACGGCUCCGACCUCUACCAGCUCCAUAGCUCUGGAUUGAUCUGGUUCUACACAGGUACCCCUAUUACCGGUUGGCGAUUGUUGGGCAAUAAGGCUUCAACCACUAAGAUUGAUGCAUCAAAGGGUAAUCUCUACCAGCUUCGCAAUACUGGUGAGAUCUUCAGAUAUACCGGUACUCCAGUCACGGGUUGGCAGUUGGUAGACAACAACCCUGCCGCCCUCGACAUCGUAGCCAGCGGUAACGACCUAUACCAACUCCACGAAUCAGGUUUCGUCUAUAAAUACAUGGGAACUCCUUUAACUGGAUGGCAACAGUUGAGCAACAGCAAGAAUACCUUCAAAAUUGCCGCUUCCGGUGGAAAUCUCUACCGACUCGACAAUGACGGCACUAUCUGGAAGUACAAUGGAGUGCCCCUCACUGGAUGGGACAAGCUGAGAUCCUCAGACUCAGGGAUCAAGGAUAUUGUGGCACGCAAUGCUGACCUCUAUGAGCUUGAUAAUGAUGGAAAUAUCCGGCAAUAUACUGGCGUUCCGAUGACCGGCUGGAGGCAACUAGAUAACAACUUUCGGACGAUACAGAUCGCUGCCGGAGCUGGAGGAUUCUAUCAGCUUCACAACUGGGGGGCUAUCUGGCUAUAUACUGGCACGCCUAUCACUGGCUGGAAGCUACUGGAUGCAAACGCUACCUCUACCUACAUUACGGCAGGAGACUCACUCUACCAGCUUCGCACCACUGGUUAUAUUUUUAAGUAUAACCCAUAG